AUGGUUUAUGGCUUUAAACUGCAGAGGUCCAAUUAUCUCUGUAAACUGGCAGCCUUCCCUGGACUCCGAGACUUUAAAGGGCCUUCAUAUGGGAUAAAGUAUAAAAAGAAUGAGACAGCUGUACUUGGAGGAAAUGUGGCUAUUUACUGCAAUUUGACAACCCCAGCAGAUGUUGUGCAAAUUACCUGGCAGAAGAUCCAAAACUCUUUGCCACAAAAUAUUGGGACUUACAGCAGUAAAUAUGGAGAAAAGAUUCUUCCGCCAUACAUAAACCAGCUGCAAUGUAAAGUCAUUGAACCCAAUUCCUCAUUCCUAACUCUCAAAGAAGUGACACUUGAAGAUGAAGCUUGCUACAAAUGUCUGUUUAAUGUGUUUCCACAUGGCAGUCAUGGAGGGCAAAUCUGCCUGAACAUUGUAACUGUAUCUGAAUUAACAAUUGAACUCCAACUUGAUCCUGACUCUGAUGGUUUUCUUAACCUAAUAUAUUCAGCUGUGGGAAAACCUGCUGCUCAAAUCUCUCUUUUCCCCUCAGAAGUUCUAAUUAACCCUCCUGAGGAGUAUUUUGCUCACAACCCAAAUGGUACAGUUACUGUCACUAAAAUGUACACCAUCUCUUUGGAGACUGUGAGGUCCUUGGGAUUCCAACACCUGAUCCUGAACAUGUAUCACCCUUCAAAGAAUGAGGAGAAGAUUGUCCCUCUCUCAGCAAAGCAAGGACAUAAGUAG